AUGUUUCCGACCUCGUCCUUGCCCGACGAAACCUUUGCCGGCAUGAUCGCCAAGCUGUCGGCUGACCUUGCCAAGCUCCGCCAACUCGACCGUGCAAUCCAGGACGAAAUCACCAAAAAGGAAAUCCUGCUCAAACUCUACAUCCAGAAGGAGCAGGAUCUUGUCCAGAAAAAACAGCUUCAGAUCGAAGGCAACAUCCGCCACUUUCUCAGUGGCACGGCUGCCUCCAUCAUCCAUCCCGCGGUCCAUCACCCCGGCUCGGCAUCGGCGUCGGCAUCGGCGUUGGCGUCGUCAUCGUCCGCAAACAUCCACGGCCAGUCGCUAUGGGAUGCCUCGCCGCCCCCGGCUCCGUCCAUGAGCUCCAACGAGUCCAGUAUCUUCCCCGGUCCCAUCGACAUCUCCAUGCUUUCGCCUUCGUCCCAAGUCAUCUUCAGUCCGUCUGUGGCCAAUCUGCCGCUCUCGGGCACGCCCAACUUUUCGAAUCUGUCGCAGAGUCUUCCACUCUUCGACACAUCCAUGGAUCUCACGCCCCCGCCCUCCGCCAAUAUCGGCAUCGUCGGCAGCAGUAACAACACCAACAGCAACAAGAACAGCGGCAAUCCUGGUCCCAUCCUCGUCGGCACUGCCUUCAACAACUCACCGUCGAUCAUCGGUGCCUCGGCUUUCACGCCUGCAAGUCCGUUCACUCCUUACCCGUUGGUCUUUGAUUCUGCCCCGCAUCCCGCAAGCGGGGCCAUGCUUCAGGGAUUUGACGAGGCCAUCGCCAGCGCCCCGAUAUCGCUGUUUUCGACCUCGAGCUUCCUGCAGUCCGAAGACCUGUCGCUCCUGUCCGACGAUCCCGUCAUUCCCAACGAUCCAGUCGUCCCCAGCCAUCCAAACACCGAGCCAAGCUCGGCCGAGACGCUGUUUAUGCCCAUUCCGGCCUCCAGCUGCAGCACGCCCGAGGAACACGCCGAUUCGCCAUCCUUUUCGCCUUCCAACCAGCCGUACGUUAUCGAUGUCGACAUGUCGUCUCAGUCCCAGUCCCAGUCUCAGUCCCAGUCUCAGUCCCAGUCUCAGUCUCAGUCUUCGAGAUCGCUGCCGUCGUCGCAGAUGAGCGUUGACCAUCCGCUGGAUCGAGUCGACAUCCGCAAGCGCAAGAACGUCACUGAGGUUGUUGGUCGCUGUGGCCAAUGUUUCCGGACCCUGGCCAGCCUCUUCAUCCACGGGAUCGAGCUCGAAUCCGAGAGUCUGUGCAGCGUCGAUUUGUUGUGUCCAUCGUGCGAGGCCACCGCCAAGCGCUCCUCCGGCAGCACCGAAAACUCGCCGCGGCUGCCUGUCGACUCACCUCAGCAGAGCUCCUCUGGCUUGACCAAGCGGUCCCGAAAGCGGCUGCUGCCCGCGCAGAGCCCGGUGCUGAUUUGCUACGUCUGCAAGAAGCACUGCGCCACGGGCACCGUCCAAGUCGUCGACACCGAAAACUCGGGCAAGAAGUUUGCAAAGAUCGAGGACGGCUCGGCGGCAGCGGUCGCCGGCAGCUCCGCCUCGCUGCCGCAGCUCGAGUCCAAGAUAUCCGUCAGCAUCGUCACCAAGGACGUCCUUCACAAAACCGAGAUCAUAUGUCAGCUGUGCACGCAAAAGUACCGACUCUGCACCGACUGCGGCGGCGGUGGCAAGUGGCGAACGGGCAAAUGGCGCCCCGUCGAGAUGUUUGCCAAGGGCCGCAAGACCUGCAACCUGCAGCACGCCCGCAUCGGCAACGUCAUCUCGGAAUACAGUCUGUGCACGCUGCCGAGCAGCGCCGGCGGCACCCCCAAGCCCUUCACGACCGACGAAAUCGUGGCUCUCUUUGAAAACACCGUCUACAACUUUCUCGGAUCACCCUCCAUCCUCGAGAACUGCCCACACUUCCCAACCUUCCAGGCGAUCCACAACCGCAUCAGCCAGCUGCGCAACGAACUCACAAACCUGCUCGAGCGUCCGCCCUCGACGGGCCAUCUGCGCUACAUGAUCACCUGUGCAGGAUACCAGACCAAGGGCCGUCGCUCCAAGAAGGGGCCCAGCGGCAACGGCAGCGGUGUCGAGGCAUCGUCGGCUUCGGAUCGCAACAAGCCCGAGAACGUCGUGAUGGAUCCGGCCCUGCGCAAGGUCCUGGCCUUCCAGAUCCUGGAGGUGAACGUCGACACCCAGUGCGCCGAGAUUUCCCUGGGCGAAGACUAUCGAAGCGACCCAGCCUUCACCAACUUUUUCCGCCACACUCUCACGCAGCUCAUCGACUAUGUGCAGAGCCACUUGCGCGAGCACGGACACAAGCCGAUCCGGUAUCUGUGGCUGACGACCCGGCUAUCGUCGGGGUCCAACAGCCCCUGGUUCAGCGCCCUGAUGCGAUACGGAUUCAACUUCAGUGGCGACUUUAUCCAGCAGCAGAGGCAGAAGCUUGGGAUCGUUGUCGAGCCGGCCUGGUUCGUCAACAGCUACAUCCCGGCCUCGAUAUCGGCGCAGUUCAGGAGCUAUGUUGUCGAAGUCGGUGUCUACCUAGAAAACCUGGCGAAGGAAGAAAGCAAGUAA